AUAUGCCCCUACCUUCGAGUAUUUAAAAUUCCAAAGAAAUGGGAAAUUUCCUUAAUUAUAAGUUUGCUGGUUUAAAACUGAUUAAAGAUUGCGAUGCGCAACUAUCUGUUCAAGACGAAUGCGAAGAUUUCAAGAAAGUAAAAGAAAUUUGGUUGGCCGUGGAAAAGGAUACGUCGCAUUAUGGAUUUGCAAUUUGUACUAUGCUUUUUAAAAAUCACCCGCAAUACGUGAAGUAUUUCGAAGAUGAAUCAAUUCCGGAAUUCGUUCAAGAAGCUAUAAUUAAAAAAAAAUUUAUUACUAUAUGCGACAUCAUAUGUGCUCUGUUUAUAAGUUAUUACGAUAAACCAUCUCGCAGAGAUUAUUUUCUUGGCUACAUCGCAAUGGUUCACAAGGACAUGGGAUUGACGUUCGAGGAUCUCACAAACUUUAUGUCAGAUCUAAUGGAAGCGUUAAUUAGCGAGUUACCAUACUUAAUGACCGAGGAGUAUGUUGCAACUCAGACAAAAUAUUCUAACAACGUAAUUGAGAUAAUGAUAGAACUUAUGGACAAUUAUGUUGAAAGGAUGUCACAAAUACUACGUACGAGAAAUGGAAUAAGAAAAUGUUAUGUGUGCAAACCUGAUCCAGAGUCACAGACUGUAUAUGGUUUUCCAUUGAAAUAUUGGAUAUAUGGUAAACGAUAUUGGGAAUAUCGGAAAGCGAUGUGGGCAUCGAUGGAAGCAGAUCUGUUGACAAAUUCGACGGAUGAUACUAAUGCAAGCAAUUUUCAAAGAAGAAGUUUUCAUCAAAAGUCUAUGGAAAACAACAGACUAUAUCGUAAGAAACAAAUAAAACCGAAAACACCAAAAAUAGCCAUAAGUUCGGAUAGCAACACGUUGUUGGAUCAACCAAGACAAAGUAACGCAAUAUAUUUCAAGUUAUGAAAUUUUCCGCUGUACUAUUUCUACUACUUAAGAUUUAAGACUGCUACAGAUAUUGUUACGUAUGUAAUAUAUGAAUAUUAAUCAUAAUUAUGAAUAUACAUAUAAUCAGUAAAGUAAAUAGUUUUUAAGGGAAUAGUUUUUAAUUUUAGUUUUAAGGAGAUUAAAAAUGUUUUUCCAAUCUUUUUCUUUUUCUUUUGAUCAUACUAUUGAAAGGAAGAAGAAGCAGUCGCAUCAGCCAGUCGACAAGAAUCUCGUUGUUACUAUCGAAACGAAACAAAGAAAGACAAGAAAUCGAAGAAAACGUUAAAUCUAAAUUUUCUCCGAUGGAAUUUAUUCUGGA